GCCCCAACUGCUCUUCAUACUCAUGGAAUUGCUAAAGGAAAGACUGUCACAUCACAUCCUUCUGUGAAAGAUAAACUGGAUGGUAUGUUUUCACAUGACAUACAUUUUUCAUUCUAAAUUAAAAAAUAAACAAAUAUUUGUGUAGCCUGCAUAUUUUUUGUGAAAAGUUAAAACUAUACCAUGAGUUGCUAAAUACCAUUUUAAGGAAGUUAAUUUUUAGACAAUUAGGUUGAGUAUUUUUUGCCAAGUCUUCAUUGAAAUUAUUGUUUGACUCACCAGGCAGCACUGUAUGUCCUGUAACCACAAAAUGGCCCUAAAGUGUUUUUUUAGUUGACCUUAUUACUUACUCUGUAUGAGACUUAUGUUUGGUUGGUUUAAUUCUAUUUUUAAUUAUUAAAAAUAGAAGUCAAACCUCCCAAGCAUUUUUUAUUAUAAAUGGAAGUUAAACCAACCAAACAUGAGUUUCAUAGUAGGUCAACUAAAGUUGAAAUCCUGCAAUAUUAAGAAAUCUCUGUGUGAUGUCUGACAGUUCUUUUUCCUAUCCUUUAAAGAAAUUGAUGAUGUUCUUAAUCUGGAAAUGUAAGGAUAGGAUAAACGUUGUCAUACUAAACUCUGUAUAUUUUAAAUGUAUAUGGUAACUUUUCUGUGUUCCUCAUGCAAAUGAAAAACCGCCGUUACAAGUUUGGUGGUGUAGAAUUUGAUUGUUUUUGUCUUUAAGGUUACACGUACUCUGAAGACCGAGUUGUUCGUGAUGGAAACCUGGUAACUAGCAGAGGACCUGGUACUGCUUUUGAGUUUGGUAUUGAACUUGUACGUGCUGUACGAGGUGAUGAUGGUGAAGCUGAGAAGCUCGCUGGCCCAAUGCUGAUUAAAUAG